CCGUGCACAUACGCACAUACACUACAUACGAAGUCCGGGGUCUGGGGCUGGGCAGCUGGGUUGCCUCUCGUGCCAACCGCUGUCGUUGAUUGGAUCUUCGGUUGCGAUUUUGGUAAUUUUUGAAGCCAAACUAACUAAGUGGAAUUAUUAUUUGACUUAGGUAUCUAACCUAUUAUCACUUAAUCAUUACGACUACACAUUAAAACUCAUAUCACACCAUUCGGCCCUUUCUAUUGGAUAUCUGGAUACUUGGAUUAUUCCCGGCUUCUGUCCGCCAACCCCAGCUGAACCCUAGCCGCUCUGCCGCUCUCUCAGUCUCUCUUUUUCAGUUUCAGCCUUGGAUACGAUCGACGUCCUAAAUCCUAAAGUUCCAAAUGGCCCUUGAACUUCAUAUUUGGGGUCCAGCAUUCGGCCUUGAUUCUAUAGAUCCCGAAUGUCUAGCCGCCGUUGCAUGCUUCCGCAGCUGCAUUCCCCGCCAAGAUUGGACCCUGAUCGCCAGCAAUGACGCUGCGGUCAGCUCAGAUUACCGCCUCCCUGCCUUGAAUCACAAAGGUAGUUGGACUUCUGGAUACUCGGAUAUCGUCUCGUAUCUUGCUAAACAUGGCAUUUUACAUGUUGACGAUGACCUCACACCGCUGCAGAGGGCCGAUUCCCUCGCCUGCGCCUCUUUUCUAGCGACUCGUGGGUCUGGUCUGCUUGCUAUGUCGCUUUAUGUCUCGCCUAGGGCAUGGAUUGAGAUAACUCGACCUGCCUAUUCAUCCCUGCUACCAUUUCCGCUCACGUGGACUGUCCCUCCAGCUAUCCGUGCCGCUGCCAUUGAAAGGGCUGAACAUCUUGGCAUUGGCUACCUCGCGGCUGAAGUAGAUACGGAGGAAUCCUCAUCCAAUGGUCCAGCUGAAACAACGUCGACUGGAUUUCUCCGACUUCGGGACCGUCUUGGUCCCCGUAAGACUUUGCAGCCUGAGCAUACGGCUGCUAUCCGAUUCCAGCAUUUCGCAGAGGACUUUUAUUCCGUCUUGGAUGAGCUUCGCGAAGACAAGAGAUUCUUCCUGUGGGAUGACAAGCCGUCAUCCAUCGAUUUCUUAGCCUAUGGAUACCUUCAGCUAAUGCGUGUGCAAACGCCGCAUCCCAUUCUUAAAAACGCGCUAGAAAAAUCCUAUAGUCGCUUAGUCGUAUUCGUGACAGAUAUAUGUUCCUAUGGAAACUAUCAGGAAUUGCCAUGGAGGAAGCCCAAGGCGAGGGGUGCAUUGGAUCUGAUUGGUCGCUUUGCUGAAGGAUCAAUCGAGGCCAUCCCAGGCGUCGGAGACAGCUGGCGAAAGUGGCACAAAGGCAGCGUCGAUAUCCGGGACAGCGAUGACGUGAGAGAUCCUACUCAGCUGAUAAUCGCCGUCGGGGGAGCUGUCACGAGCGUGGCCGCGCUAGGCGUUAUAACAGUCUUUCGCGCGUUGUCACCCUUCGGUGCCAGCACGCAUCGUUUCGAAGCAGCAAAGGAAGAGAAAGUCGGACUACGCCAAUUUGGCGAGAUAGGCGAGAUAUUAGACGGGUUACCCAUAUGAGAACAGCCCAAGAGCUUCCCGACUAGAAGCGAUACAGUGUACAAAAGGACUAACAUGGAUGUGACUGCCGCCGUCGACUCUGAGCCCGGCGCAUCCCCAAGGAGGGACAUGUAUUCCGUGGCUGAGUCUGAUUUUGAGCUCAAUGACCAGUCAAAAUGAACCAUGCUUGCGUAACUACGGAAUUGCGAGACACUCAUGAUGUGAACUCGUGUGCAAUGACUGGAGGCUGGCCUGGAUCCGUUCGGCGUUUAAGCAUUAGAUACCACUAAGUUGAGAGAAUUUGCGACUAAGAGCUGUUCCUAAG